AUGGCAACUCUUCUGGACCCCAGGGAUUGGCAAACCUACCGCGAGCGGAAAAGUUGCUGUGAGGCUGAUUUUGAGAAGGCUGCGGCAGAUGUGAGGAAGCUGAAAUCGAGGCCUGAUGACGACGAACUCAGAGAACUCUACGGGCUCUACAAACAAUCUGUCGUUGGAGACAUUGACAUUGCAUGCCCAGCACUGCUCGAUUUAAAAGGCAAGGCCAAAUGGGAAGCGUGGAACCUUCAAAAAGGGUUGUCGAAGGAAGACGCUAUGAGUGCCUAUGUUUCUAAAGCAAAAGAGCUGAUAGAGAAGUAUGGAAUCUAG